UUAAAUUAUUCUACAAAACUUUAUACAUUUGCACUCGACUCGGAGAUUAAAUUCGCAGGAAAAUGGCUGAUUGGGUACCAAUUCUUAAGCAACUCGCCUUGGAGAAUAACGCUUGCUACGGUGCUGGCAUUGCAAACGGUGAGGACUGUGAGCUCUUUGUUGCCGCCGAUUUGGACCAUGAGGGAUUGAAUUGGGACAGUGUUUACAAGGAUCCCUACGAGUUUGUCUGCAACGACGAGGCUGGUAAUCCGAUAACUCACAACAUUGACGAAAAGUUUACCAUUCAAGAGGUUUUUGAGAAAAAGUUUUCCACCAACGGCAUCUUUUUGGGCGGUGAAAAGUAUACUUUUGCCUCUCAUGAUGCUUCAGUCGAGGUUGGACAGCACUCCUUUGAGUGCAUUUGCGCUGCAAAGAACAAGGGAGGCUGCCACUUGAUCAAGACUCCCGGAGGUUACAUCGUAAUUGUCGUUUACGAUGAAGGUAGAGGACAGGACAAGAUCAGCUCCAGAAUGGCUGCUUUUGCUCUCGCCGAGUACUUGGCAAACAAUGGCAUGUAAAGGUUUCCACUACAUCACUGUACAAUAGAUGCCCGGCAGCCUCUAGCGCCGAUUAACUUAUGCUCUAGAC